AAAAUACUGUUAACAUAUUUUCUUCGAUUUCAAAGUUUUUUUUUUUUACCACAAGGAUUUUCCCAUAUGUAAGCCAAACGGGCUGUUAAAUCGUAAAUGAUCGUAUUAUUCCUUCCCACGUGUUAGUAAUCGACACGUGUCGAGAUCGCAGUGCCUCGUCUCCUAUAUAUCCCUGAACACAUGUGGAGUGUUUUCUCAUGCCGAUGAAAGCUUCUUCUGAACUCUUUAGAGAGAGAAAGAGAGAGAAAUGGACGGCAGAGGGGGCUGUUGCAUUGCCAGAUACUCUGGUGCUGGACCGUACGAUCUCUCCAAAGUGGAUCGCGUCAUGCUCCGAUUCCGUCCAAUCGCUCCGAAACCGGCCACCGACGGUGGCGGAGGUCGCUCGCCGGGGGACGAAAAAUACAGCUGCAACGCAGAGAGCGGUGGUUCCGACGUUAGCUACAGAACAGGUAGAGGAAAGAGAAAGUCCCUGAAGGAGAAUAACGGUUACACCAGGAGGUGCAACCGGAGGAAGAGAUCGGAAAAAUCCCGCGCGGCCACGGCUGUGACGCUGUCCCUGUUACCGGAGACGCCGGACGGGAUGAUAUUUCCAGAUCUGAAGGUAUCUCCGGCAGAUCAGAAGCCGCAGGGACCGUUCUGGCUGAGUUUCAGCGGCGGAAACACGGCGGUGCCGUAUCCGUCGCCGUACCACACGGCAGAGAUGAUGCCUCAGAGGAUGGUGGUUUCUUCGUGCGUGACGGUGGAGCGCGUGACGGACGCUUGGAUCGACGGUUACGGAAUAGGUAGGAUAGACGGGGAGAGGAAGAUGAAUCUGGAGAGGGACACGUGUCCAGGAUUCAUAUCGGACGGUAUCGGGAGAGUGACGUGGACAAACGACGCGUACAAGAGAAUGGCGAGAGAGAAUAUUCCGGUGGAGGGAGGUGCACCGGAGAAUAACAGAGACAUGAGUAUGAUCGUACGGUUGGUGAUGAAGGAGAGGCCGAUGCUAAUGUACACAGCGUUCACAUGCAGAGUGAGAGUGCAGUACACGUGUCAAAACCGUGAAGGCAGCCCCGUCAUAGUUCCGUGCGACGUAUGGAGAAUGGACGGUGGUGGUUUCGCCUGGAGGCUCGACGUUAAGGCCGCUCUUAGCCUGUAACCACCGUGGAAUGUACGGACCAGAACUUACGUGUUCCGUACGUAUGAAUUACGAUAAAACCAUAAGAAUAGUAAGCUUGCAAACCCAAUCUAAUUGUUAAUGUAUAUUAGCUCCCGAUGAAAUGGCUCUCUCUCUUUUCAUUUUUAUUUUUGGUUUGUAGCAAUGCUGCCAAAUGCUAAUUAAUCUCUAAUUCAAUGUAUGGGAGAUUUGUAAGUAUCAACGCUUUGGAACUUUAUAUAUACGUGUGUGUGUAUAUAUAUAUAUAUAUAUAUGUGUGUGUGUGUGUGUGUGUGUGUGUUGUAGGUGACUGGUCCAAUCUGUGAUUAGGUUUGGGAAAAGAAGUGUUGUACUACACAUGCAUCAUGAAUGUAUAUAUCAAUGUGUUAUGGUUUAGGUACAA